AUAAGGGGCAUUUAGGCAGAAAUAAAAAAAUUGAUUCUAUAUAUAGGUAUUUUCCUGAGAUCCGCAUCUUUGUCUUGGUCAACCAAAAAAAUAUCUGUUACUCUCUGCUCUGCUUAGGGUUCCAGCCCAAUACUUAUCUUUCUCAUGCAAGGAAAAACCAAGAUCUGAGAUCUGGAACCAAAUUCAAGUUCUCGAUCCACUGUUACACUCUGUUCUUUGAGAUUCUUGCCAACCAAUCGGGUUUGAAUCCUUUCUGUUGUACAAAGGAAAAUGAAGCCUAUUUUCUGUGGAAAUUUUGAAUAUGAUGCCCGGCAGUCAGAGUUGGAGCGGCUUUUUAGACGAUAUGGGAAGGUUGACAGGGUGGAUAUGAAGUCUGGAUUAUCUUGGCAUAUCCAUUUUCUCCCAAGCUAAUGGAUGGGCUUGUCCGAAAUCCAUUUCCUGCCUGUGAUGCACAUCUUCUUUUAAUGAAGAAUUCUUCAAUUUGAUCCGCAAUGACACACCUGUUCCACGUAUUCAUCAGUCACAUUUGCCUUUCAAUUUUUGUGCCUUUGCCCAGCCCUCUUUUGGACAUGUUUCGAGGUUGAAAUAUUGCCAACCUCACAGGAGAGGCAGCAGAAUGAUGGAGAAGGCACUCAUUUUCCAUUGACCCUCAUGAGACAUACACUUUUGGGUUCUUGUUCUUGACAUCAAUUUGUUUACUUAUCAAGGAUUUGCUUUUAUCUAUAUGGAAGAUGAAAGAGAUGCUGAGGCUGCUAUUCGUGCUCUUGAUAGAGUGGAAUUUGGUCGGAAGGGACGAAGACUCCGUGUGGAAUGGACAAAGCAUGAACGUGGUGUUAGAAGGCCAUCUAGUUCAAGAAGACCCUCAGCUAAUGGGAGGCCAUCAAAGACCUUGUUUGUAAUUAAUUUUGAUACAUACCAUACCAGAACAAGGGACUUGGAGAGGCACUUUGAACCAUAUGGUAAGAUAGUCAGUGUUAGGAUCAGAAGGAAUUUUGCUUUUGUUCAGUAUGAAUCGGAAGAUGAUGCUAGCAGAGCACUGGAAGCUACAAAUAUGAGUAAGUUACUGGAUCGAGUUAUUUCUGUUGAAUUUGCUGUAAAAGAUGAUGAUGAUAGGAGAAAUGGAUAUAGCCCUGAGAGAGGACGUGAUCGUCAACGUGAUAGAAGCCGUGAUGGAAGACGAUCCCCUAGUCCUUAUAGGAGAGAAAGAGGUAGUCCUGAUUACGGUCGUGGGCCCAGUCCAUAUCAGAGAGAGAGGGGCAGCCCUGACUAUGGCCGUGACCGAAGCCGUAGCAGAAGCCCCCCUAGGAGGGAGCGAGCUAGCCCUGCAUAUGGGCGCAGAAGCCCCAGUCCAUAUAGAAGAGAAAGGGAGGAUUCUGAUCCUGUUCGGGACUCCAGCCGCAGUCCUUAUCACAAAGAGCGAGGGAGAACUGACCAUGCCAUUUCUCCUUCUCAUAGUCCUGAAGAAAGAGGGAGGACAAGUCCUCAAAAUGGUCGUGGUUCUAGCCGUAGUCCUCGUGAUACUGGGAAGACUAGCCCUGAAAAUGGACAUGGCUCUGGAAGUCCCAAUGAAAAAGGGAAUGCCAGCCCUUACAAUGGUUAUGGAAGGAGCCCAAAUGCUGUGCCUGAUGCUAGGGACAGUCCUAACUAUGGUGGUCCUGAAAGUCCCAUGCAUGAAAGAUAUCGCAGCCAAUCUCCCCCUGCGGACGAAUGAUUUCAGUCUUUGAUGGAAAAGCUGAUGGAAGGGCAAACUGAUUGUAGUUCCUUUUCAUGGCUGGACUAAAUUUAAUUUCAGCAAAUUAUUUUAGUGCAGUAGUGAUAAAGCUCUGAAACUUGUGUUGUUGUGACAACUUCCUAGUUCUUUAUUUAUUUGGUUAGUUUAAUAUUUCUAAAUCAACUUAGUAUUGUAGAAUCUUUGGUUACAGUUAAAAAUGGUACUAUAUCUUUGAUCAACAACAUCGGCGAGUAACGUCGCUAUAAUCCUUGUGUGCCCUUCAAGCACUCCUAAAUAAUUGACUGCUAUUCCUUUGUAUUGCUCA